CCACAUUUCGUCCAGGACGGUCUCCCUCCCAGGGCCCCGAUCCCCAGGACCCCCGUUCCCCCAGGACCAAAUCCUCUGAGUCCUCCUGGACCCACCCUCGCCCCCAGGAGCCCCAUCUCCAGGACCCAUAUUCCCCCGAGACACCCCCCUCCCCCAGAUGUGCAUCCUCCAAGACCUCCAUCCCAGGAGCUAUAUCCCCCAGGGACUUGCAUUCCCUGGGGAUCCGCAUCCCGUGGGAACCCCCAUCCCUGAGACCCUCAUCCUGAUGUGCUACACUGCAUCCACCCAGAAUCCACAUCCCGUGGGGACCUGUAGCCCCCCGCAGGGACACACAUCUCCAGGGACCCACAUCCCAGCACUCCACAUCCUUCAAGGACCUGCUUCCUCGUUAUCCUGGUGCCUAGCACUCCUUGGGGCUCCCAUCCUCAGCACCCCAGCGCCUUGCAUCCCGCUGGGGAGACAGGGUGGGGGUGUCACUAUGGGUGUCCCUUGCAGGGAGAAGGAUUAUCUCUAAUCAGGCCAGCUGGCUGUGGUGGGAAAAAAAAAAAAGACAUGCUAUGAGGCACCCAAGGCUUUUAUUUCAGCACACUUGGUGAAUAUAAUCUAGUUUUCCAGGAGUACUUGUCUGCUUAAUAAAUAGUAAACCCAUUAUCUACAACUUGUACUUUGCCUUUGUUCAUACAACAAUCUCACUGCCCCUAAUAGUGAGGUUUGGGUGGGCUUUGCUAUAUAUUAUUUGGUGCAUUUGGCAGGAAGCAGAAAGACUGAUUGAUGGGCUGUGGUUUCCCUCAGUCUUUGUUGCUUCAUCAAGACUGAGCUUGUAGAUUUUUAGUAGAGAUUUUUAGUCCUAAGCCACUUUUUUUUUGUGAAAAAUCAACCACUUACUAACAUUUCCUAUAAACUUCUAGGACUCCUGAAGUCCUCGCUUUUACUGAAUGUGUUGGGGCCUCUGUUUCCCCUAAAAAAAAAAAAAAAGAAAAGAAAAAGAAAAAUUCCCAGGAACUUCUUGAAGUGUUUUGCCCAUCUCAAUCAGAUUUGAGGGGGGUGAAAUGGCUUCAUGUUCCAAAUCAGACUUCCAGGGUGGUUCGAGUUAUAGCCAAGGGAUGUGUGGUUUCCCCUCUCCUCGCCAAAGCAGGAGCAGUGAAACACCACUUACAAGAAAGGUCUAAAAAGGACGUAGAAAAACCUUUCAGAAAUGAUAUCUCUGAAUUUUUGCGUUGGCAGUCCAGCGGGCUCACUCUGCGCCCAGUAGUCUGUGUGCAUUCAGACCGUAGUCAUCUCACAGUAUUGUUUUGGGGCAUUUCACUAUGGAUAAUCUUUCUGAAGCAGAACUUUAUCCAUGCCCGAACAUGGAUACAUAAGUCUUAAUUUCCAUAUUCCAACUUGUAAAGUUCACUUUGAGUGAGUUCUGCACAAUUAUGUGAAGAUACACACCUGAAUUUGCAGCUAUGGACUUCUGUGCCUAAUAGUUUGAGACUUGAGUUGACUUGAGAGCCAACUGUCCCAACGCCAGCUCUGCUGCUAGUCACAAGAGUACUGUGCUAGGUUUCCUAGGAAUCUUUCUUUCACUUUCUCUUUCCUUUUUAAUUCUAUGUUUCCCACAUAUGUAUGUCCUACAUAUCUAUAUCUCUGUUGGCUGGUGGGAAUGGUACUAAAUACAGAGUGAAGGUAAAAUUUGGUUCUAGAGAAGGAGCCUGUGGAAAACAGGAAACUCCUCGCCUUGUCCCCUCCCUUCCUGCCUCCGGCUGGAGCUCAGCUCUGCUUCCUUCUCCCUAGGCACUGGAUUCAGUUUACUUCACGGGGUUUGCAGAGACCAACAAGACUUUUGUGAUUGCUCGUCUUGCAAGACGUCCCGGUGGCAUCUGCGAAAUGUGGCUUUUCCUGAGAGUGGCUGGGAUAGGAGAGUUUGAACACCCGCAGCAUCCAAAUAUGAUGGUGCGCGAUGAAUCUGAAGAGCUUUGGCAUGGUGGAGGGCUCACCAUUGAAUACUUAGAGCCCCAGAACCACUGGAAAAUAAGCUUCGAGGGACUGCUCAGAAAAGGACCCUAUCGGCAGCAGUGGAGCAAAGAGGAAGGCGAACUUGUACCAGUUAAAUUCUCUCUCCUUUGGGAGAACUUCACGGAAGUCUUUAACUUUAGCGUCGACAGUCACCCCCGCACAUUUGUACGUGCUCUUGCCGAGGAACCAUGGAACAUCGAGUUCUUCCAAAGGGUCAAAAAACUAAGGGAACAUUUUCGUCAUGAGCAGUGGGGCCAGUCUGUUGGAGAAAUUGAAAUAGAAAAUCAUGAGAAAACAAAACUUUCCCUCAAAGGUGUUCGGAGCCACUCUUACGGUAUCCGGAACUGGUCUGAGAUUUACCGUUAUGUCAUGAUUUUGGCACGCUUUGAGGACGGGACUGCUGCACAUUUAACAGUUAUUAAUAUGCCAGCAACCGCAACCAACCUCACUGUAGGCUACGUCUUUUUCCCCGAUGGGAGGAAGGCUGGGAUUGAGUGGUCCAAUGCCUCGCUGGCCCAGAUGGCUGAUAACGGGGUUAUCGAAGAUGAAUACAGAGUCUGUUUUACCGCCGGUGGCAAGUGCUUUGAUGUUUCUGCCACGCUUGAUAAGCAAGCUUGCCCUGUGGUGUACAACGGCCUUACCGGGAGCGGAGUGUUUCACGAGUGCAUUGCGGAUUUCCAGCUCAACGGGUUAACACCGGGCUGGGGCUUGGUGGAGUUUUACUACAGAGAUGAAGUCGCCCGGCCGGUUCCUCACUCGCCUCUGGGCGCGGGAGCCGAAUGAGCCACUGCAUCCGUGGGGGAUGUUCGGGAAGAGCCCACUUCUCGCAGCAGCACAUUUAGCGGGUAGCAGGACUUGCUUUUCUGAUGGCUUUGGGAAUUCAGGCACAUGGUCGAGCUUAUCCCAGCACUGUUAGCAGGCAGCAGCUUUCCGACUAUUUUAUUCCCCUCAAAAAACACAGUUUGGACGUUGUCACAGCAUGUUGCGGAGGCCAAGAGGCUAAACGGAUUUGGAAAGAAAUUAGAUAAAUUUUUAGAUGUGCGGCUCUUAGUGGCUGCUAACUGUACUUGUCUGGAGGCAAUUUAAAGGCAAUCUCUGAACAGCUGAUGGCAGGAAGAGUGCACGAGAAGGGAUCACUCUCCACUGUCUUCUUCUGGCACUUUUCCUAAAGUAUCAACUGCUCCCCACAGUGAAGACCAGGAAGCUGGACUACAUGGAUCUCUGACCCAAUUUGGUAGUUCCUUGCUUCUUUCAGGUUUGUUUUUGAAAUAAAAGUUCUAUCUUUCUGAA